CAAUUAGUCCUUACAAUGUGUUGAAAUUAAUUGUACUGGCAUGGCUUAUUACAUUCCAGGUCCAAUAUGGAUUUUUCCAGCAUGAUCUUGGACACUUUUCAGUCUUUCAGAAGCCCAAGUGGAAUAGACUGUUUCAUUUCUUUGUGGUAGGAGUACUUAAGGGUGGGCCACCAAGUCAAUGGAACUUCAUGCAUAACCAGCAUCAUGCCAAACCCAACUGCUUCCGUAAAGACCCUGAUCUCAACAUGCACCCUUUCCUGUUCACCUUGGGGAAGCCACUUUCUGUGGAGCUUGGCAGAAAGAAGAAGAAAUACAUGCCUUACCAGUACCAACAUUCAUAUUUUUCCAUCUUAGCUCCGUUGACUUUCAUGCUUUUUGUCCAGGGGGCUAUAAUCCGUUACACAGUUCACAGGAAAAAGUGGAUGGAGCUGGCUUGCAUUGUGAUCUACAAUAUCCGUGUCUGUCUCAUGUAUGUUCCUUUAAUGGGAUUUAAGAGCUUCAUGGCGUUCUACUGGCUGUCCAGGUUCCUAGAAAGCAAUUGGUUUCUCUGGGUUUCACAGAUGAACCACAUUCCAAUGAACAUUGAUUAUGACAAGAAUCUAGACUGGGUCUCUGCCCAGCUUGUGGCAACAUGCAAUGUGGACCAAUCCCUGUUCAACGACUGGUAUACGGGGCACUUAAACUUCCAGAUUGAGCAUCACCUUUUCCCAACAAUGCCUCGACACAAUUACUGGAAAGUGGCUCCCCUGGUGAAAUCCCUCUGUGCCAAACACGGUGUUCAGUACCACUGCAAACCCUUGCUCACUGCCUUUGCAGAUAUACUGCGCUCUCUGAAGGAAUCAUCGGAACACUGGGAGGAUGCCUAUCUCCAUGGCUAAGAAGAGGCAGGGCCUCAGGAGGAAAUCUCCUCAUGCUGUCCGCUAACAUCACAGAGCAAACAGAUUUGGUGUGACAGGAUGGUCAACUAUGCAGUUAGGAAUAGGUCAAUCCAAAGGAUAGCAUAGGAUUUCCCCUUUUGCACAGACAUCUUGAUUUGCUAGUCUCUUGAGCUUCAUGCACAUGGAGGCCAGGAGGUGGGCUUCUCCUGAGACAGAGAAGGAAAUUUAGAACUGUAAAGCACAGCUUCUCAACUUGUCCCUUCCAGUUUAUUGGGGAAUAAAAGCAAAGCAGCUUUACUUCUGUUUUAAGGUCCUACUGUGUUCUGUACUGCAGGAUCAGUGAGUCUAGGAGCAGGAAAGAAAAACAGAAUGCAGAUUGCUUUGCUUUUGGUUGACUUCUGCCAAUAAAACCAGUUAAAAUAAAGCGGAGGCAGAAGCAAAAUGAGUAGGAGAAGCCUAAGCUAUUGCGCAGCUUCUUAGGUCUAGACUCACCGUGGAGUUUCUUGAUUUCAUGUGGCCUAUUUUUCAUUUUAAAACAUCACCAUGUGUAUUAGGUGUGUUGAGUUGUUAGCUUGUCCCCCUCAGAUGUUCACCUCAAGAAUUCCAUAGUGAUUUCAUAAUUAGAAUGUUUGCAUUAGGCUGUGGAGAACAAGGGUGUUCGUAUUUGUUGGCCAGGGAGGAAUGUCUGCCGUAGAACGGCCAGAUCUGAGUCCAGUAGCACCUUAGAGACCAAACAAGAUUUCAGGAGGGGGGAAUAUAACCUUUCAAGAGUCAAGGCUCCAUUUCCAGAUUUCUUUCUUUCUUUCUUUUUUUCAAAAACAUUUUAUUAUCGGGUUAUAACAACAUGUCCAACAUUAUAACAUUCCCUUAUUUCCAAUAUAGCCCUUUUCCCUUCUUCCCUUCUUCCCUCCCUCCCCCGCUCCAGACUUCCCGCAGCGAUCCCACCCCUACCAAAUUUCUUAUUGUUAUCUAAUCUUUCUACUAAACCACAGUUUAAUAAGUAACUAUUAUGUUAACUAUCUUUCUCUUAUAAUCUAUCUUAUAGGUAACAUUUCUUUAACUACCAUUAACUUCUGUUCAACUCUUUACUCAUUCCAUUCCUAAUAAUUAUUAAAGCAUAAUAAAUUGUUUCAA